AUGGAUCCAGUGACACCUAACAACAGCUGUGUUGGGGGCUGGGCGAGCUACCCACCACGAGUUCCGGGCUUUUCUCUCAACUUCACACUGCCUGCUAACACGACUUCAGCCCCAGUUGUUACAGGUGGCAAAGAAGCAAACUGUGGACCUUCUGUUGGAUUAGCUGCAGGCAUCCCAUCCCUGGUGGCCACAGCCUUGCUGGUGGCUUUGUUAUUAAUUUUGAUUCGUCGAAGAAGAAGCAGCCAUGACUCCAGUGAGGAACAGGAAAGACCAUGUGAAAUUUCAGAGAUCUAUGACAAUCCCAAGAUAUCUGAGAAUCCUCAGCGGUCAUCCACACAUGGUAAUGUCACAGGGACAGAAGAAGGUCACAUAUAUGUGAAGACAGUAUCAGGCCAGGAGGAAGCCCUGGAGGACCCUUACCGUCCUCCUCCAGUGGAAAUGGAGAGAAGGCGGGGCCUGUGGUGGCUUAUACCCAGACUGAGCCUAGAAUGA